CAAAUAGGGAAGCGGAGCGGCCGGGAAUCGCUGUGCUUCGGUUGUAGGAGCGUCGAUUCGUAUUAAGCGGGCCCACCCCGGAUCUCAGCCAUAUUUUUUAAGGGUGGGAGGGUGGCGGCGGGCGAUGGCCGCGGCGGGACUUGGGGGCUUCUGAGUUCCUAGAUCCGAUUCCCUCCCCCCACCCCACAUUCCCUACCAACUAUGAUGAAUCCCAACGAAGGCGCGGCGCCGCUGGAGAAAUACAAGCUGGUGGUGGUCGGGGGAGGCGGCGUGGGCAAGAGCGCCCUGACUAUUCAGUUCAUCCAGUCAUAUUUUGUCUCUGACUAUGACCCCACAAUUGAAGACUCCUACACCAAAAUCUGCAACAUCGAUGGCACUCCAACUCGGUUGGACAUUCUGGACACUGCUGGUCAGGAGGAGUUUGGGGCCAUGCGAGAACAGUAUAUGCGUACAGGGGAAGGUUUCCUCCUUGUCUAUGCCAUCAAUGACAGAGGCAGUUUCAACGAGAUCAACAAGUUUCACACUCAGAUACUGCGAGUGAAAGACCGUGAUGAAUUUCCCAUGAUCCUCGUGGGCAAUAAGGCUGACCUGGACAUUCAUCGGCAGGUACCCAAGGAAGAGGCUCUUAGCUUUGCCCGGGAGAACCGAAUCCCAUACAUGGAAGCUUCUGCCAAAAUCCGCCUCAAUGUGGAUGAUUCCUUCUACGAGCUGGUCAGGGCCAUCAGGAGGUUUCAUGAGCUGGAGUCUCCCCCUGCCCCAGCUGUAAGCCCUAAGAAGAAAGAAAGCAAAGGCUGUCCUUGUUCCAUUCUGUAAACUGCUCUUCCACACCAAGCUACAGACCCUGGAAGGGGAAGACAGGAGGUUCAGGUUCCCUCCCAACCAGAGGAUACAGCAGGAUUUUCCCUGGCUCCAUCCACCUCUCCCACGGCAACAAGGGCUGGCAAUGUGCACGCUGCAGUUGUGUCUAAAUACCACUUAUUCCUCUACUCACCAAGGACCCUACCAACUGGAAUGGGAGGCAGGAAGCAGAAAAACCAUGUUUCUCCCAUCAGCGCCUGCCUAACUGAGGGGUUACACUUGCUGAUGAGGGUGUUGGGGGGAUCUGUGCCUGCGUAUCCUACUCGCUCACUUCUCUCUCCUGAAUUUUUCCAAGGAAAUUAUGUAGAAGAUACCCCGCUUUGCCAGGGGGCAGAAGGCAGGGAUGAUUUAAGAAAUGUGUGUGCAUGGUACCAAUUUGGAAGAGAUGGGCAGAUACAGGAUAGCCUGAUUAUAUAUUGACUUACGGAACUGAAAGCAACAGCAGCGGAUUAGGUACUUCACUGCAGCUAGAGCAAGCUUGCUUCUCCACCUACACAGAUAAUACAUACUCAUUCAAAGGCAUAUUGUGCAAAUGUAUUUAAAGGGGUGUUUUAAUUGUUUCUAAAUAAUUUUAAAAAAUCAGCCAUACUUAUGCACAACAGUGCCCUACUGAGCUGUAGAGGAAGGAGGAGCAGGCACACAAUUCAAUCUUCCCAGACUCUUGCUGGCAUUGGCCAUUUCUCCUGGAACGGGGAGGAACUUGCAAUCACCUUUCCAUGAAGAUUGGUAAUGUGAGGAUGCCUAACGGCAGAGGGGGAGAAAAACCCCUCUUAUCUUGGACAAAGGAGGUAACAAGGGAAGAAACAGUAAAUUUAAAACCUUUUUAUUUUCCCAAUGUUUUAAGAGCUGACUUUUAAUGGGGGUUUUAUGAUUGGCUAAAUUUUAGGACACUGUGUUUUAAAAUUUUUUACAUUUUGUAUUGUUAAACCAUCCCGAGACUUCGGUAAUGGGACAGUCUACAAAAGUUUUAAAUAAAUAAAUACACAAAUAAAUAAAUAAUCUCCCACUGCAUACAUGCAAACAUUUUUGCUGGUCGAUGGUAACGUAUGGAGGCUGGAACUAAAAACAGUCCUACCUCUCAUUUCUGUUGAGAAGGUGCUGGGUAGGGCAAGUUUUAAACUUGAGUGUUAACUAUUGAAACCAAAUUCCAAUGCCAGUCACCACAGAUCAGAGGUAGGCACCUUGGUAGUUAUCAGAUGUUUUGGAGUGUUUGAGAGUCCAAGACAUCUGGCAAAUACUGGGUGGCUUCCCCUUGCAAUUUUAAAAAAGUUGUGCUCUCCAAGAACAGAAUGGUUUGGUUUCACGCUACAUAAUUCAAAAGAUGUACUCGUAUCGAUCUUCUCUUUCUUGCUUGCUUUCCCUCUCUGAUGCACUCGUUAAGCAGUAAGCAAAGGUGAAAUAGCAAGUUGCCAUAGUUUUUUUUGUUAGCAGUUCUUUUGUGGUCAUUUGUCAUGUAAUCCUACACAAUCAUGUUUAAAUGUCAUUCUUGCAUGCAUUUGUAUGGAGUGAUCUUGAUCCAUGAUCCUCGCAAACGUCAUUCAACAUUUUCUUGUUCUUUGACAGCCCCACCACCUAAGAGAACUACCUAUCCAGCAUUUUGUUUAUAUUCUGCAGCUCUUCUGCCUGCUACCUAUUGAGGAAAGGGCUGCAUGAAACAGGCUUUUCAGCAAUAAAGAGAAGGGAUGUGUGUAAAUGAGGUAUCGCCUGCCAAUAGCCCUUCCAGCAUGUUGCUGUAGAGCAUCCCAGCCUGUAAAUAUGAAAGUUACCAUUUAUCCAAAACCCACCUUGGAACACCGUAAGUGCCACACCUCAUGGCAUAAACCAUCAUGGAUUAGAGCAGACUGUGCCAGUUGUAUGAAAUGUUCUCAGUUGGCAGGGGUAAUCUACACAGGUACCGAUUUUUUUAAUUUUUAUUUUUUACGUUUUGCAAACAGUGGGGCCAAAAGGCCAUGAAAUGCAAUGGUAGUAGUGGGCUGUGAAUUUGUCACUUAUCCACAAGUAAUUUUAAUAAAAGGGAAACAUUUCCAGA